GCCCCAGGCGAUGCCGAGCUCUGCUGGCGCGGGCGCGGAGGUGCGCGACCUGGUGGAGACGGUGGUGACAGCGGCGGUCUCAGCGGCGGUGCGCGCGGCCACGCCCGCCAAGGCCAUGCCGUUCCCCAGGCCAUCGGCGGUCAGGCCAUCGUCGGCGCCGCUGAAGGCCAUCCUGGAUGGCGAAACCCAGGACAGGCCGCCCUCGCCCCCGCCGGGCGACUGGGAGCACCAGGAGGUGAAGGCGAGCACGCGCUGGUCGCGCUGGGCAAGGCCAGCGAGGCAGCGCUCGCGCUCGUGGUCCCCGAGGCUGGAGGAGUCGGCUGCUUCGUCGUCGGCCCUGGCCCCGUGGACCAGCUCGGGACCGCUGACUUCGUGGGCGGGCGACAGGCCGAAGGCUGGCGCGACCGCGAUGGAGGCCCCGAAGGACAAGAAGGCCAAGAAGGAGAAGAAGGUCGGCGCAGUGUGCGAACACUUCGUGCUGGCCGACGACGAGCUGGAGUACGGCAUGGACAGCCACACGUCGGGCGACGAGCUGCUGGACUGGUACGACAGCAAGGAGGUGGUGAAGGUGGAGGGCGCCUUGCGCUUCGAGGGAGUGCGGAAGCUGAACGAGGCGGCCUUCCAGAAGACGGUCAAGGCGCAGGUGCAGGAGGCUGGCCGACACAAUGAGAAGAACGGCAACCUCGACCUCGACAGCUUCGCGGGCAUGCGGGCGUCCUGGGACCUGCCGCCCGUGCCGAGCUUCCCUGAGCUCGUUGAGGGGGAUGAGGUUCCUGGCUUCGGCCUGCCGCCCGAGGCCGAGGUGAAGGAGAUGUACCUGGAGAAGGAGGGGAUCGUCGACGCGGACGGCCUCGA